CAAGUCAAACUUUCCCGCCAGUUGCUGAAAAUAAGUCCCAUCAAGAAGCAAAGAGCUGCUAGCUGUCUAACGUUCUGCCAGUAUCUUUCAUUAUUACUGUCGUUUGCUCGUUCACACGAUCGAACGAGCUAAUUUGUAAACUUUAACAGUUUUACUGACACCCUUGUCUAUUUUGUGAGCUGUUGAAAUACCAACAGUAUAUCGUGCUAGUAGCUAAUUUAGCUAGCCUUGAAAGGUUAGCUAAGCUUAGCUAAUUGUGACAACCUUGGCUAAAUACCCCUGCUGAGUGACAGUAAUAAUUAAAACGUUUUAUCUUCAGCCCUUUGAGCCACAUGAAAUGAAAACUGCGGAGGACCAGGUUGUUGACGAUGAUACUGGUUUCCAGGAUGAGGAGGAGUCCUUCUUCCAAGACAUAGACCUCCUACAGAAACAUGGGAUUAACAUGGCAGACAUCAAAAAGAUGAAGUCAGUGGGUAUCUGCACUGUGAAGGGGAUCCAGAUGACUACACGCAAGGCUCUGUGCAACAUCAAGGGCCUGUCAGAGGCAAAAGUGGAAAAAAUCAAGGAGGCUGCUGGGAAAAUGCUGCAUGUUGGUUUCCAGACGGCCUUUGAGUACAGCACGAAGAGGAAGCAGGUGUUCCACAUCACAACGGGGAGCCAGGAGUUUGAUAAGCUUUUGGGUGGAGGUGUAGAGAGUAUGGCUAUCACAGAGGCCUUUGGAGAGUUCCGCACAGGGAAAACCCAGCUGUCUCACACACUUUGUGUCACCGCUCAGCUGCCAGGCGAGGAGGCAUACUCAGGCGGGAAAGUCAUCUUUAUUGACACAGAGCACACUUUUCGCCCAGACAGACUGAGAGACAUUGCCGACAGGUUCAACGUGGACCACGGCGCCGUGCUGGACAACGUGCUUUAUGCCCGGGCCUAUACCAUUUCCGCUCUCUCUUCAGGUGAACACCAGAUGGAGUUGUUGGACUUUGUUGCAGCCAAAUUCCAUGAGGAAGGAGGUGUGUUCAAACUGUUGAUCAUCGACUCCAUCAUGGCUCUGUUCAGAGUCGACUUUUCUGGUCGAGGGGAGCUGGCUGAACGGCAGCAGAAACUGGCCCAGAUGCUCUCCAGGCUGCAGAAGAUCUCAGAAGAGUACAAUGUAGCUGUGUUUAUCACCAACCAAAUGACAGCGGAUCCCGGGGCAGGAAUGACGUUUCAAGCUGAUCCCAAGAAGCCCAUAGGCGGGCACAUCCUGGCCCAUGCCUCCACCACGCGGAUCAGCUUGAGGAAGGGACGAGCAGAGAUGAGAAUUGCCAAAAUAUUUGACAGCAAAUGGCCUGAGAGUGUUUCGACCUAACAUUGUAUUUGUGUCUCCCAAAUAGUCCACAACAUUUUUUUUGUACCCGUUAUUUAGAAAGCAGACCAGCCGACUGCUGAUAUAUAAUGCUGAUAGAUGUGUAAUUUCAGGUUCAUGAGCACAGGCAUCAGCCGAUUUCAAUUAUCUUACACCGCCAGAUAUAGGCCUAUUAAUAAUCCUGAAGUGAUAUUUCUACAUGUAGAAAUAAGAUAUGAAAAAGUAUUUUAAAACAGCACUAUGGUGAGACAAUGGGAUGUAUCCAGGGAGCACACAGUGUAUGACUGUCUCACAGUUGAUGCAUUUUCAUAGCAACUGGCAAAAGAGGGUUUGUGAAAUGCACAAAAAUAAAUCCUCAGUUGCCCAAAAUGGACUUAAAUUUGAACAAUGAAAACAUGAUGAGUGGGGACCUUGCCUCAGCUCACAGACACAUUUGCGCUGCUCACUUAUCUUUGCCGU